CAAUAAUAAUACAUUGUUGGGUUCCAAGACUCGAGUGUGUCGCGGUCCGCGGUUCAGUCGCGCCCGAUACGCCGUCAAUCUUCGACGUCUUCGCCGAUCAUUUUUCAGUAGAGUUCUUUCUGAUUUUCCCCACGAUCUCCGCCACGCCACGACCGUAGGCCGAUUCUAUAAUUUUCUCGUCCCACAACGACUGUAGUAGGUAGUCGCGGCUUCCCGUUCAAGUCUCCAGACGCGACGACAUGGCCAAUUACGUUACCUCAAAAUGUACUCCUACCGUGUUUGCAUCAUCAAAUUUUGAUGCAAAAGAAGAUGCGAUUGCUCUUAAAAAGGCUAUGAAAGGCUUUGGAUGUGAUCAAAAAGUCAUAAUUGAUGUGAUUGCCAAUCGAGGUGUUGUGCAGCGCAUUGAAAUUGCAGAGGCCUUCAAGACAUUGUAUGGAAAGGAUCUGAAAAAAGAAUUAAAAAACGAACUAAGUGGACACUUCGAGGGCACCGUGUUGGCAUUGAUGACGCCACUUCCGGACUUGUAUGCAAAGGAGUUGCACGACGCUAUCUCUGGAAUAGGCACCCACGAGGAAGUGCUUGUUGAGAUAUUAUGUACAUUAAGCAAUUUUGGUGUACGAACAGUUUCUGAAUGUUAUGAAAAACUUUACGGGCACAGUCUCGAAAAGGAUAUUAAAGGUGACACAUCUGGCCAUUUCAAACGUCUUUGCGUAUCGUUAAGUAUGGGAAACCGAGAUGAAACGCCCACAGUUGAUGAGAACGCAGCGCGUUUAGACGCCGAGGCUUUAUACAAUGCAGGAGAAAAAAUAAAAUGGGGCACAGAUGAAUCGGAAUUCAACAGGAUUUUGGUUACAAAAAGUUACCAGCAUUUGAGACGUGUAUUUGUGGAGUAUGAAAAACUGGCUUCUAAGGACUUGGAAGAAUCAAUCAAAAGCGAAUUUUCUGGAGACAUUUGCAUGGGUCUAUUAUCCUUAGUGAAAUGUGUGAAGAGCAAAGUCGACUUUUUCGCUGAGCGUUUACAUAAGAGUAUGGCCGGCUUAGGAACAGAUGAUAAAACGCUGAUAAGAAUCAUCGUGUCUAGAUCGGAAAUCGACCUCGGAGACAUAAAACAAGUGUUCGAAAAGAAGUACGGUAAAAGUUUGGAGUCAUGGGUCACUGGAGAUACCUCUGGAGACUACAGGAAAUUAUUGUUAAAAAUUAUUGCUUAAACGACGGUUUCAUUUUUUUAUUCGCUGGUGAUUUUUCAUUUAUACAUAAAAUUAUUAUUUUUAAAUCAUUAUAUUAUUGUUAUUUAUAAUAAUUUUUCACCAAUUAUUUUAUAAUAUACAUUAAUUUUAAUUUUA